AAUUUUAUGUAUUUAUAUCUGUUGUUCUUCAUUUAUAGCCAUGAUUAAGCAGUUACUGACAAGUAUUGCGUGGGAUGUUGACUACUUGAUCAUUGACACUCCUCCCGGCACAUCUGAUGAACACAUUUCUGUUAUGGAAAAUAUGAGAAGUGCAUCUGUGCUCGGAGCUGUAUUAGUAACGACUCCACAGAUGGUAGCAGUUGCUGAUGUUACCAGAGAAAUAAGCUUCUGUAGACGAACAGGGAUUAACAUUCUUGGUAUUAUAGAGAAUAUGUCCGGCUUCGUUUGUCCUAAUUGUUCGGAAUGCAGCAACAUAUUUGCAACAGGUGGGGGAGAGCAACUGGCUGACAGGGCCAAAGUUCCAUUUUUAGGACGAGUGCCUAUUGACCCCAGUUUAGUGCGCUGUACUGAGGAAGGACUGAAUUACCUUGAUAAGUUUGCAAACUCUCCAGUCAGUCAGGUUUACCAUUCAGUUGUUAAUAAACUAUUGGGUAAUGAAGCACAGGAAAUGGAAGUAGAGAAUUAGUUCACAUUUAAUACAUACAGUAUUGGAGAGAGGCAGAAUAGUCUCAUCGUAUAAAGGCAUUAUGAAUGAAGAAGAGGUGCAAGUUGUGGAUAAAUUAAAAAGUUUGAGAGCAAUAUUCAACAAAGAGGGAAUGGCAAUGGAAAAGCUAAAGUCAGCAAUAGAAUAAUACAAGGAAGAACAGCUGAAGUCGUGAAAACAUCAGUUAAUGGCAGGAAUGUGAGUAUUUUAGGAAACUGCAUGAAGGAGCCUCCAACACUUUCAUAUGGUUGUGGAGUUCAAGUAUCUCAGCAUAGUGGUAGAUCAAAUCUGAGAACAGUAGAAAUGGAUAAUCCAGAAAAGGGCUGUAGGAAUUGAUAGAUUCAAGAUUAAAGAUGUAAGAAGGAUGUGUGGAAUUGAGAAGUCGAUGGAGAGUGGAAUGGAUGAUAGUGCACUAACAUGAGUGAGAGUUUGGGUAGAAAGAUUUAAGACAACACAGGUAAAGAAGACUGAGAUAAAAGUGUACAGACUAAAUAAGGGAAUUAAGGAGGUCUAGAUAAUGCUAUGUCUCAGAAUUAUCAUGGAUCAUAAACAGUAAGAUUGUUCUGUACAUUAUAAUGGUUAAGUGAAUUAACUUUAUAAUACACUAAAUAGAUUCAUUGAAUUAGUGCCAAUUAGGAUGGCAUAUUAAGGAUGUUAAGAUUAAUUUGUAUACAGUGCUAUACAGUAAUACUGGUUAGGUUCCUGAGGUCUGUUUGUAGGUUCAUUUGUUCGAAAGUCCAACAUUACUCUUGUCAAUACUGAAUACAGUAUACAGCAUUUUAAUAAAAGAUUGUACAGACAGCUAUACCCCAAUAACACUCGACUGUAUUUCUUACCAGCCUUAAAUGGUAUUUUGAUGUAUAAAUAACAUGUUUAGUAAUAAUAAAUAAAGGUAUUUAUAAGGUUA